CUUGCCGCCAAUCUGUGGUCAUUAACUUUGUUACGUCGUCAUGAUGGCUCAUCAUCUGAGUAUGUGGUCAAACAACACACUGCGGAAAGCUUUUUCAAUUUGAAAUCUUACCGGAACAAGACGCACUUCACUUUUUUGCAAAUAGGGGUGUACAAGAGUUCGAAGUGUUUCCGAUCCCGCGUAGAUGGCGUCCUUCAAGUUUCUCUUCAUAACCUUACUUGCCUUGAUGUUUAUCUGCAGCACAUCUGUGCAAGGCAUGAGACACGGAAUGCACCAUCGUCCAGGCAGACCAGGACCAGGCCAUCGCCCGAGACCAGGUCAUCGCCCGGGACCAUUCCAUCGUGGACCAAAGCAUCAUGGCCGCCGCCAUCGUUUUUAAGCAAAACAUCUAGUCAUGGUACGUCUGCUAGCAAUUCAGUAUAUGAAGUCUUGCAAUGACACAAUAUGCACUGUUAGUAGACUACUAUGACAGAUGCUUGAAUAGCAAUCUCAAAUUUGUGUCCGGAUUUUGUGUCUUUGAGCAACUUUCUCUAAGAUGUAAAUAUCACUUAGUCCCAUACACUGUAUUGGAUUG